AAAACUUAUACUAUGGUUGGGACUCAAAAUGAUCCCGGACUCAUGGUUCUUAGCCUAAACACCAUCUUUGAACUUAUCAAGAAUGAUAGGAGUUCAGACAACUUUGAAGUCUCUUGCUCUUACCUUGAAGUGUACAAUGAGGUCAUUUAUGAUUUACUUGAAAAAUCAUCUGGGCACCUCGAACUCAGAGAAGACCCUGAGCAUGGCAUUGUCGUUGCUGGUUUAAGAAGUAUUAAGGUUAUUGAUCUUUCUGAUUAGGAUGUUCUUUUGUCA